GAAGACUUCAAAGUUGGAGGGGCUUUAACGCAAUUAACUCCUUCUCUUCGGAACACAUUGAUAAGCAACACCUCUCAUAUGAUAUAGUCAUAUGUGUCAAUCGGUUCCUCAAUUGUCUUCAUCCCUCACAUCCCCACUUCACUUCUAACUAAGCUCACAAAAAAAAUGGCGGAUACCCAAAUCCGAUUUGGAAUAUUAGGUUGCGCUGAAAUCGCCCGAAAGGUCUCCAGAGCAAUUUCUCUCGCACCAAACGCCGCCCUUUACGCCAUCGGCAGCCGAUCUCUCGAAAAAGCCACCAAAUUCGCUGCCUCCAAUGGCUUCCCUGAAUCCGCGAAAAUCUACGGAAGCUACGACGCCGUGUUGGACGACCCUAACGUCGAUGCCGUCUACGUUCCUUUACCUACUAGCCUUCAUAUCAAGUGGGCGGUGCUUGCCGCCGAGAAGAAGAAGCACAUUCUGCUGGAAAAGCCGGUAGCGUUAAACGUCGGCGAGUUCGAUAAGAUUCUUGAGGCUUGCGAAUCCAAUGGUGUGCAAUUGAUGGAUUCUACUAUGUGGAUGCACAAUCCAAGGACAGCCAAGAUGAGGGAAUUUCUCUCCGACCCUGACAAAUUCGGCGAAUUACGAUCGAUGCAUGUGGUGUUUACCUUUGCUGCGGAUCCGGAUUUUCUAGAGAACGACAUCCGUGUAAAACCGGACCUCGAUGCUCUAGGUGCACUCGGAGAUGCUGGAUGGUACUGCAUUCGGGCAAUCCUUUGGGCAAACAAUUUCCACCUGCCCAAAACUGUAACCGCUUUUCCGGGCAGCAUAUUCAACAAAGCCGGGGUGAUUAUAUCAUGUGGGGCCGCUUUACAAUGGGAAGACGGGAAAACCGCAACCUUCCAUUGUUCGUUUCUUGCAAACCUCACAAUGAGUGUAACUGCUUCCGGGACUAAAGGUAGUUUGCAUUUGGAUGAUUUUGUUAUUCCUUUCCAAGAGAAAGAAGGUUCGUAUUCGACCUCGACUGAGGCGGGGUUCACUGAGUUGGUGACCGGGUGGGUCCCGCUACCGAGUCAACAUACAGUCAUGACUGAUCAUCCACAGGAGGCUUGUAUGGUUACUGAGUUUUCGAGGCUGGUUAAAAGUGUGAAGAGUGGUGGUUCGGUGGCUGAGAAAAAGUGGCCCACUCUGAGUCGACUGACUCAGUUAGUGUUGGAUGCUGUCAAGAUUUCAGUUGAGAAAGGUGGUGAGUCUGUGAGUGUGAGUUAACUCGUUUUUAAUAAGUUUGUAUCAGAAAAUAUUAAUAAGGGACCUGAAUAAUGUUGGACUUGGUGUUAGUGCAAAGUCGAUGAAUCAACUUAUUGUAUAACUUAUUAUAUUGCAUCAUGUAUAAGUUAAUGGUGGCCUUUCCAAA